AUGAGUUCCAAUACCGAUUCGCCUGACUUUCUUGACCCGGCGACGUCCAGUGCCAGCUCAAGUCGGAGACUGAAUACAUCCAUCCGGCCUCGUAACAGACGGCAGAUACCUAUUAAUGAUGAAGAGGAGGAAAACCGAAUACACACACUGAGCUCGCGCUUGUCCGCUGCGUCUAAUGGGCUAACUCCCCCUCAGUCUCGCGGGACCACGCCUUCUCCGUAUGCGUCACGAAGGGGCUCCCCGCUGCCCCAGAAACACCCCUCCCGGGCAACCGAAAGAGAGAUCAACGAUAGGUAUAGGGAUGAUUCUGCAGAUCGAGGUUUCUCAAAAGCAUACGGCAGUUCACCACAUAGCUCACAAGGGUUCUUUGAGUCGUCGUGGUCGUCAAUCCAAAGUCUAGCGUCAUCGGUACUUGGCAACGAAGCGUCUUCUUCUUGGGGGAAACCAGGGCCUUCCUUGUCCGCCUCAGCAAAGAGGCGCAAACCCUCUCGAUCAGAUAUUACCCCCUUUCAUCCGCCAAAGCAGACCGGGCCUUCGACAUGGGGCCCUUCGACGCCCUCGACGUCGCAGAUUGGAGCUGGCACCAGGGAAGAAAGACAAGCUUUGGUGCAGGCCAAGAAACGAGAGAUAUUACUUCUUGCCAAUGGCGAUUCGGUGUCGGAUCUCAAGGGGCGAUACAAACGAAAGGACUCGAUGGAUAGGACGGAAACUCACACGACGGAAGAAGAGCAGAACGAAGAGGCAUUAGUCUAUGUUCACCAUGUACAACCCAGCGACACGAUGACUGGGUUAUCAAUCAAAUACGGAUGUCAGCUUGCUAUUUUCCGCAAGGCCAACGGGUUUUGGCCCAGCGAUAGCAUUCAGACUAGGAAGACGGUGCUUUUACCGGCCGAGGCUUGCUCCGUCAAGGGACGGAGAAUAGCCAAACCAGACAACCUGGACCUUUUGGGAGAUGGGCCAUCAGCGAAAUCCUCUACGGAAGAUCUAAACGGAAGUUCAAUAGCACCGGUUGAGUCACAAACGCAGGACGAGAGCGGAACAAACGUCGAGGGGGAGCAAAUAUGGAAACACGAAGCAUGGGUUCAGAUGGAGGAUUUUCCAGCACCAGUGGAAAUUGGCCGUGUCCCUCGCAAGACGCUAGGUUUUUUCCCGCGCUCUCGGCGGAGAUCCAUGUCGAUUCCAUACUCUGAUCUCGAAUCUUCUUCAACUCCGCCAUCCGAGUCUUCGACAACGAUCAAGAGGGCGGAGUCGCCGCUGCGUACUCGGCGAGACAGUUCCCCGCAAUAUUUCAGGCCGUCGUCACGUUUAACUCCUAGCACCCAGUCUCCAGCGCUGAGCAGCACCCGGUCAAAUCACAGGCGCACCGGAAGCAUCACGCUGUCUGGACCUGGAGGAGUGGGCACUCUUGGACGCGAUGUGCAUGCACCGGGCCCUGCACCAGACGGGCUGAAUAAAUUCUUCUCGCAGCAUCUUCCUCACCUCGCAGCACCUCCACCCCCCUCACAACAAGCGCCCACAUCGAGAAAGGCGUCUUUUGAUUCCAUGUCGAGCGUCCCGUCCACAGCAUCACAUUCCGGCCUCGAGAACGUCGGCGGUGCUAUCGAAGGCUGGAUGCGCAAGAUGGCUACACGAGCCAAGACCGGCCUGAAUGAGAUACAGCAAGGGUCAUCAUCACAAGCGCCACACGGCAACGCCGUAGGUAUCAGUGGAUUGGGCGAUUUGAUCGAACUAAGCGACGGGCUUGAAGGCACCACACCUCCACCGUCAUCAUCAUUGAACCGCAGAGAAUACCUUGCCCCUCCACACCAUACCCAGCAACAGCAGCAAACCCACACGCUUGGCAAAGCGCAGUACGAGCGUUUUGCUAGCUCAUUGGCUUCAACGAGCAGGGCUCGGGUCGGGGGUCGUGUCAUUGAUGACUCUCACAAGAACGAUUGA